AGCCUUGGAUCGCUGUUUCGCUCUUCGCUUGCACUGGCGCUAGAACGUUGAAACUCAGAUUGUGGAAUUGUUGUUCUCGCCAGUUACCGUCAAGUUUGUUUCCGCUAGGUUAAUCUCCGCGCUCUAAGCCGCCUCGCGAAUUACCUCGCCACCACCCAACACAUAUUCAACGUCGCGAUCAUGGAUGCGGACAGUGCCCUAUUGAUAGCAAGGCUCUUGCAAGAGGAUCUUUAUGGCUCGACUCUUUGGACAGCUGAUGAAAACGAUCCGUCUGGAUCCGAAGACACACCUCGACUGGUUGGUGACCUGGCAGAGUUCGAAAUGAUGUCCAGUGCGGAUGCAGCAUUUGCGAGAAGGUUGCAAGCUUUGUACGAUAAUAGGGAUACCCCUGACGGCGACAUCACAGGGGCUUCCUUACUUGGCGUGGAUUUUUGGCAGAAACGCCCUAGGGACAAAGGAAGCGGCGCUCAUUCGGGUGCUGCUCGCCCCCAUGUCGGGAAGGCCAAAUCGCAGGCCGAACCCAACAUGGAGGGCAAAGUUGAUCCCCCGCACCUAGGAAUCCUCGACAGCAGUGAUGCGCCACUCGCUCCUCUUUUGCUUACACGCUCACCGAAGCUCUCGCCACCUUCUUGUCUAAUUUGCUUGGAGGAUUUUAAUAUUGCUGCUUCUUUAUCGGGUACUCUACUCGUGGCUUCCUCUAAAGCGCUAUAUGGGCGCUUGCUAUCGUGUCCUCAGAAACAUCCAUUCUGUUAUCCAUGUCUCCAGCACUUGAUUCGAUCCAAACUUGAAAGAGCGCGGAAAGGGGAGGGGGUGUUUCCCAUCCGCUGUCCAAGUUGUCCCAAUGAAGAUUGGAGCAUUCGUGAAGACGAUGCGGAGUUGCUCUUGGAUGCUCAUGAUCUCCGAGAAUGGCGUCGAAUUGCUGAGCUCGAGUCUCGUCCCAAGUUCUAUUGUCCUGAGAGACACUGUUCUGAGCUGAUUUUCAAGAUCGAUGGACAGACCCAGAUGGAUUGUCCCCGAUGCGGACUUCAAUUGUGCUCUACCUGCGAAUCCAGAUGGCAUGCAGGCCUCAAUUGCGAGCAAUAUCAGAGUCUUUCACUUCAUGAGCGCUCCCCAGAUGACCUGCUUUUCUUCACUGUGAUGGUCAAAAACAAGUGGAGACGGUGUCCGAAAUGUGGUGUCGUUAUUCAGCGGGGUGAGGGCUGUCGCCAUAUUGUUUGCAGAUGCGGGACCCAGUUUUGCUACAGGUGCAGCAAUCUGUGGGAUCUGAAUGCAGGGAAGUGUGGCGGCAAGCGUCCUUGUGAUCUGUGGUCGGAAGAGGAGCUUCUGCGUCAUGACAUGGAAGUCCAUGGGCCAGUUGUGGGGGAGAUUGAGGGCUAGCUCUAUCCACUGCUCCUGUAGAGUUGGGAAUCGUGGUGUUAACGAGCCGGGGCUGGUGACAGCAUCAGCCGAGUUCAGAGAGGUGGCUGAGUUUAAAUAUUUAAGUAUAAGGUGACCUAUGUGGUACUGGAACUCGGAUCACAGACAUCGUUGAACGAGACUGGAAAGGAAGGGUGCCUAGUCUGGGCGCACAAUUUUCAGCUAGUAUCGCAGGUUGCGCAGAACGUUAUCAGGGAUCUGUUUCGGGUUAUUGAACUGCACACCGUCGCAUCAGGGGUACGGUGUAGAAGUCUUCCUUCUAAUGUUCUGUUGGUCUCCGUAUGUGAAAUCAU